UGCGCGAGCUUUCCCAAAAUGGCUACGGAAGAUAUAUCAGGUCAUCUGGGUCUCCGAAGGAAAAACUAUUCCGACGCCUCUGGUUCUCCAAUGCCCACCUUGCGGGCUCUACUGCCCACCACAACCGCCCUCUUCCCAGAUAGUCAACUAAUGUUCCGCCGCCGUAUCGCCGUCAUUGGUGCGGGCGCCGCUGGGCUCGUAGCUGCGCGGGAGCUCCGGCGUGAGGGUCACAGCGUCGUCGUUUUCGAACGUGGUCACGGCGUCGGCGGAACCUGGGUUUACACUCCUGCAAUCGAAUCCGAUCCCCUUGGCCUCGAUCCCAAUCGAAAGAUCGUCCAUUCCAGCCUCUACGAUUCUCUUCGCACCAAUCUCCCUCGGGAAUGUAUGGGCUUUUCCGAUUAUCCUUUCGUCGCCAUCACCGAAAAUAGUGAUAAUGACCGUCGUCGUUUCCCAGGACAUCGUGAGGUGCUCCGCUAUCUUGAAGAUUUUUCGAGGGAUACCGAUCUUAAUGGAAUGAUACGAUUCGGAACCGAGGUUAUCAGCGUGGAGAUGGAGGGGGAGGGAAGGUGGGCUGUGAGGUCGCUCAAGAUCGACGAUGGCCGUGCCGACGACGAGACUGAGGUCUAUGAAGGUGUUGUUGUUUGUAACGGCCACCAUACUGAACCUCGAAUUGCGGAAAUUCCUGGCAUCGAGACUUGGCCUGGAAAGCAGAUCCAUAGCCACAACUAUCGCAUGCCCCAACCUUUUACUGGUCAGGUUGUAGUUAUAAUCGGUAGCGCAACUAGUUCUGCUGACAUCUCAAGGGAACUUGCUGGUUUUGCUAAAGAAGUUCAUGUUGCAAGUAGAACAUCACGCGUCAAAAUCCCCAUGAAGCAACCUGGUUAUGACAACUUAUGGCUUCACUCUAUGAUUGAUAAAACUUUCAGCGAUGGCACUGUAGCUUUCCAAGAUGGGUGUUCUGUUCAAGUUGAUGUUAUCAUGCAUUGUACUGGGUACAAGUAUCGUUUUCCUUUCCUCAGAAGUGAUGAUAUCAUUGAUGUGGAUGACAAUCGAGUUGUACCACUUUAUAAGCACGUCUUUCCACCAUUCGCCGCUCCGUAUAUUUCUUUCAUUGGAUUACCUUGGAAGGUCGUUCCUUUCCCCUUGUGUGAACUUCAAAGUAGGUGGGUAGCUGGUGUUCUGUCUGGUCGGAUUGCUCUCCCAGCACCUGAGGAGAUGAUGGGCGAUGUUAAAGCUUUCUAUUCAGAUAUGGAGCAAGCUAAGCGACCUAAAAGAUACACCCAUAACAUUGCAGAUUACCAGGCUUUACCCAAGAAAACCGGACCCAGCAGUAAAGGUAAGAAGAAAGAACUAUCGCCACAAGAUGCAGCAAUGGCAAUCCAGAAGACAUUCAGAGAUCAUUUGUCGCGACGCUCUCGGACUCUUCAUUCUCUUAGGGACCUGGCCGUGGCUAAGUCCAAGCUGAAGGAGAUUAGAGUCUUGUUCUCAAAAUUUUCUUAUCGUCAUCGGUUAUCAAAAGAUGCAGAAGAGCGGCAGAGGUUCUCUGAGAAAAUAAUCAUUCUUCUACUCACCGUUGAUGCCAUUGAGGGUGAAGAUUCUAUGGUACGCUCAGCUAAGAGAUCGAUGACCCGUGAGCUGGAAGCCCUGCUUGAGGUGGUCGAUCCGCAACCAUACCCGGAAUUAGGAUCAAGGCGACCAAAGCUUGAUCUGCCGGCCAUCUCCUUCCCAACUGAGAUUGCUUCCGGCUUGGCUGAUGUCCUCUGCAUGCUCGAUCAAGACGACGGUAGCAGCAGCAUCCUGCCCGACUUAUCGCUCUGAUACUCACUUGUGUAACAGAAUGAUUGUAUUACGUCCCAACUCACGAUCUGAUCUUAUUUGGUGGGGCUUAUUUGACAUGUAGCGCCUCAUUAUUGAACUCCGAAUACAUCUAUCAUAUAUAAUAUUUUUCUUGUAACAGAAUGAUUGUGGAUGGUCCUCAAAAUGGAAGGAUUAUUACGU